AGAUUGAAGAAUACGCUUCAGUGGCAAAGUCUCAAUCUUUCUUAAGGAGAAGAUGAGAGGUGGUAGUCUAUGGCAGCUAGGGCAAUCCAUAACACGUCGUCUUGCUCAAUCUGACAAGAAGGUUGUGUCACGCCGUUACUUCGCGUCUGAAGCCGACCUGAAAAAGACCGCUCUUUACGACUUCCAUGUCGCCCAUGGCGGAAAGAUGGUUCCUUUUGCUGGUUGGAGUAUGCCAAUUCAGUACAAAGAUUCUAUCAUGGACUCAACGGUUAACUGUAGGCAGAAUGGGAGUUUGUUUGAUGUUGCUCAUAUGUGUGGUUUGAGCCUUAAGGGCAAAGACUGCGUUUCUUUUCUUGAGACACUUGUGGUUGCUGAUGUGGCUGGUUUGGCUCCUGGAACCGGGAGCUUGACUGUGUUCACAAAUGAGAAAGGCGGUGCAAUUGAUGACUCGGUGAUUACCAAAGUGACAGAUGAACAUAUCUAUUUGGUAGUGAAUGCUGGUUGUAGGGAUAAGGAUUUGGCUCACAUUGAAGAACACAUGAAAGCUUUCAAAUCCAAAGGAGGUGAUGUCUCGUGGCAUAUCCAUGACGAGAGAUCUCUUCUCGCCCUUCAGGGUCCUUUGGCUGCUCCGGUGCUUCAACAUCUGACUAAGGAAGACUUGAGCAAGCUUUACUUUGGGCAGUUCCAGAUUCUGGACAUUAAUGGUUCUACAUGUUUCCUUACUAGGACCGGGUAUACCGGGGAAGAUGGGUUUGAGAUUUCAGUUCCAUCUGAGCAUGCAGUGGAUCUAGCGAAAGCAAUCUUGGAGAAAUCCGAGGGUAAGGUAAGGCUUACAGGUCUAGGAGCAAGAGACAGUCUCAGGUUAGAAGCAGGACUUUGUCUAUAUGGAAACGACAUGGAGCAACACAUUUCUCCUGUUGAAGCUGGGCUCACAUGGGCAAUAGGGAAGCGUAGAAGAGCCGAAGGUGGAUUUCUUGGCGCGGAUGUGAUUCUCCAACAGCUUAAAGACGGACCUACAAUCAGAAGGGUCGGUUUUUUCUCCUCAGGACCACCUGCAAGGUCGCAUAGCGAGGUUCAUGAUGAGAGUGGGAACAAGAUUGGAGAGAUCACAAGUGGAGGGUUCAGCCCGAACCUGAAGAAGAACAUAGCCAUGGGGUAUGUGAAGUCAGGCCAGCACAAGAACGGGACUAAAAUGAAGAUCUUGGUACGUGGGAAACCAUAUGAAGGCAACAUCACAAAGAUGCCGUUCGUGGCCACCAAAUACUACAAGCCAACAUGAUAUGUGUGUCUUCUUCAUCCAUGACUUUCUCUUGCUUUUGUUAAAUGACUUAUGUUUUUCCUUUGUUCUGAUUUGGCAUGAAAAUGUACGAUAUAUUGCCUCAAGGGCCGCAUUACCUAUUUCAUUUUUAUCGAAAUAAACUUAACACAUGUAAGACCAAGUUAUGAAUGUGUUCACAGAUUUGAACA